ACAAUUUCCCAACCUCCUUCCAUCUCUGGGCUCUAUCCUCCUGUUGUCCAAGGCAUCAUGAUUUCUCAGCUAUGGAGGACAGUGGCAUUUGUUGUAAUUUUACUUCAACUUCACAUUUGCAUUCAAGUAGAGUCCUUCCCUGGUCUCUUUGACUGGAUUGCUUGGUUACCCGGCCAACCUCCGGUGGGUUUCCAACAGUACUCAGGUUAUGUGACUGUUGAUGAGAAAAAGCAGAAAGCUCUCUUCUACUACUUUGCUGAAGCUGAAGUUGAUCCUGCCUCCAAGCCUCUCGUUCUCUGGCUCAAUGGAGGACCUGGGUGUUCUUCAUUGGGAGUUGGGGCAUUUUCUGAGAAUGGGCCAUUUAAACCUAGUGGACCAUUUCUUGUCAAGAAUGAAUAUAGCUGGAACAAAGAAGCAAAUAUGCUGUAUUUAGAAACACCAAUUGGAGUUGGAUUUUCUUAUUCCACUGAUUCCUCUUCUAAUGAGUCUGUCAAUGACAUGACCACUGCAAGGGACAAUCUGGUGUUCUUGCAAAACUGGUUCAUCAAGUUCCCACACUACAGAAAUAGAAGUCUGUUCAUUACAGGAGAAAGCUAUGCUGGACAUUAUGUGCCCCAGUUAGCUGAACUUAUGCUUGAGUUCAAUAAGAAAGAGAAGUUGUUCAAUUUGAAAGGAAUUGCUCUGGGAAAUCCUGUUUUAGAAUUUGCUACUGAUUUCAAUUCAAGGGCUGAGUACUUUUGGUCUCAUGGACUAAUAUCAGAUUCUGCAUACAAGAUGUUCACUGGAGCUUGUAAUUAUUCUCGAUAUGUUAGUGAGUAUUACAGAGGAACUGUUUCUCCUAUUUGUUUAAGGGUGAUGAGCCAAGUCAAUAAAGAAACAAGUAGAUUUGUGGACAAGUAUGAUGUUACCCUUGAUGUUUGUAUAUCAUCUGUGCUCUCACAAUCCAAAGUCCUUGCUCCCCAGCAUGUUGGUGAAACAAUUGACGUCUGUGUAGAAGAUGAAACAGUUAAUUAUCUAAACAGAAAAGAUGUUCAAAUGGCCCUCCACGCCCGUCUUCUAGGAGUUCGUCAAUGGGAUGUUUGCAGCAAUACCCUUGAUUAUGAGCUGCUUGAUGUGGAGAUUUCUACCAUCACUAUAGUUGGCAGACUAGUUAAGGCAGGAAUUCCAGUCUUGGUCUACAGUGGAGAUCAAGACUCUGUCAUUCCAUUGACUGGAAGUCGAACAUUAGUGGACCAACUGGCAAAGGAAUUGGGAAUGAAAACCAUUGUCCCAUAUAGAGUCUGGUUUGCAGGGCAGCAGGUUGGUGGCUGGACUCAAGUUUACGGUAACAUCUUAUCCUUUGCCACCAUUAGAGGAGCAUCACAUGAAGCUCCAUUCUCACAGCCUGAAAGAUCACUCAUUCUGUUCAAAGCAUUUUUGGGGGGCCAGCCUCUUCCAGAAACAUUUUGAUCUUCUCUAAUCAGUUGUCCAGUGGGAUUAUAGAUUGAGAAUUGUAAGUAGAGUUCCAUUGUUGAAGACUGUUGUUAAAUCUUUGUAUGAAAAUUGCAUUUGUUGUUCUUUUGUUCUUUGCUCUGUUACUGCAUGUAAGAGAAAUUUUGUAAAGAUGUCCAGCAAAGGAAAAAGGUUUGUGUUCUUUUCUGAAACCUCAGCAUUUUCAC